AAGUCGAGUUUUAUUCUCUAGUCGUGUUAUUCAAAGGAAAAUUCAAGGAAAAAUCUCCUCGAAAUUUGUUUACUUUUUCAGCAAUUAUAAUUAUUGCAUCAAUGAACUGGGUACGAAAUUAAUUGUCUUGUUGUGUGUGGCGAGCGAUGCUCUCUUUUGUUUGUUUAUGCCAAUAAACAUAUGUGCGUUUUGGUUAACCAACUACACAAUCAAAAUGAAAUAAAAAGAGUAAACUUAAUGAUUUACGUACGAACUUGGCCACCAUGUACACAGCUACAUACAUACAAAUGCAUACAUGGUGGUAUGGCACCUACGAAUUAAUGUAUUUUUCUUCUGGAAGAAGAAUGCGUGGAGGUGAACAUUGAAGAAUUGGAAUUUCGGAAUUUCCGAGUUUGUUUCCUUUUACACGUCGUCUUUUAGUCUACCUUACGGCAAUUUCAAACGAUCGUAGUAAAUAAAUAUUAAAAAGUGUAUCUGAAGGACAGCGGGCGAGCGAUUUGAGUGUUUUACGCAAAAAGAGAAACCCCUUUAAUAAAGUCAGUCAUUGCAGAAAAAAAGCAACUGAAAAAGAUCCAUCAUAAGUGAAAUGUUAAAAUAUAAUGAAUAAAUGAUUGUUUGUGUAGUGUUAUUUCAUCUCCAUGACAAUGAGAUGGUAAAAAAAUCGAAUUUAAAUGCGUGGAAUUGUGUUUACUACGACAAAUGACUGCUUCCUUCUUCUCCACCAACACCACCACCAGCACAACUGUCAUCACCUUCUACUCCUCCUGCUUCGGGUAUACCACAUGAAUGACAAGAGCAGUAAGCAAUUAUGCUUGAAAAGCAAGAAUUUUUCGUCUUUAGCAGUAAUAUUGAAAACGCAGAGGAGAAAUUCGAGAGAUUCGCAGUUCAUAUUGCGAUCUUCGUAGUGCAACAUUUGAAUUUGCACGAGUCAUAGUAACAAUUGACCAUCGAAACGGAUAUUGUCACAACAGUCGCGAGCCUUAAACAAACACGAUUGAGUAUCGUUUUCUCGUAAUUGCAAUGCUGCUGAUUGGCGCCCUGGCAUUGGGAUUAGUUGAGUCGACAAAUUCCAGUUUGGGAAUAAAUAGUUUACCUUCGAGUACGGCGGCUAGUAAUAGCAUUGGGGCCGGUGAUGGAAAUGCUGUGAUGGACGGCGUACCUUCGGCCGUUUCUAUUUUUUUGCAUCCCACAAUGAAUGCUGCAACAGGAACCAAUGGAGGCGGCAGUGCCGGUGGAAAUGGCGGCCUCAUGGUAGCAAACGGCGGUGCUAUAUCCUGGGACAGUAAUGCCACAAUACGAUCAGCUAAUCCAGGAGACUGGUCAAUUGAACAGUGCCUAAUAUGGCAGAGACCCCACCAUAUGUACUUUCAGCUGGGAAAUGCCUUUUUGCUUUUGGCUUUUUUAGCUCCUCAUCGGCCUUUUGGAAUUCUGUGGCUGCGAUCGAUGCUAGUCGUAGCAGCUGUCUUGCUAGCCAUGUAUGGCUAUUUGAUUGAUUGCGCUCAAGACAUUGUACUGUGGUCAUCUCUGUUCUUUGGAAUUAACACAAUAUACCUGAUAAUAGCGUUAUGUAGACUUCGGCCUGUACGUUUUGAACGAGAAAUAGAUGCGGUCUACGAAGCGCUUUUUAAGCCGUUGCAUGUUUCCAGACAUCAGUUCAAGAAAGUUUUAAAUUGUAUGAAGGUUAUACGAGCUUUAAAGUACCAGGAGGUGUAUGCACAGGAAAAGGUGACAAAAGUCGAUAGUUUGUCACUUGUUCUGUCGGGGAAGUUAGUGGUGUCACAAAACCAAAGAGCACUCCAUAUAGUAUUUCCACAUCAGUUCCUAGAUUCGCCAGAAUGGUUUGGUGUGUCGACAGAUGACUAUUUUCAGGUCUCUAUUAUGGCUAUGGAGGAAUCACGUGUUUUAAUAUGGCAUCGGGACAAAUUAAAACUGUCUAUUAUGUCCGAACCAUUUUUACAAACUGUUUUUGAUCACAUACUAGGAAGGGAUGUGGUGAAAAAACUCAUGCAAGUAACACAGGUUAGCGAGUCAAUUGCCAGCAAUGGAUUUCUGCCUUCAGGUAGCUAUGAUGAUGCAGAAGACAAACCAAUGCUGAUACUAAAGAAGAGCGCUGAAGGUCACAGUUUAACAGCUUUAAUAAAUCGACAAUUACAAGAGGAGCAUGUGCCUCUUUUGGGCCGUACAUACACUACCAAACCCCCCUUUCAGUUGUUAAAGCCUAUUACAGACCUAAUGAGCGACAACGACGACAAAUCCUGCUCAGCUGAAUAUCCCUCCACUUCAGACAUACCAAAUAUGAUUAUUAUGAAGUAAUUGCAAUAUGUACUCGCAAAUGUUUGUAUGUAUGUACAUCUCAAACCAAUCAACCAACCAACCAACCACAACCAGCCAGUCUUUUAUCGAAAACACUUUAACAAUCUUUUAUAGAAACUGUGUAUAGUUAAUAUAUGUACGUUAGCCUUAGUGUAAUGUAACUGCAGACAAACCAAAUAACCAAAUAAGAAUGUAUGACAUUAUAAAAACUACUACUACUAAUUAAUAACAACAUGUUAUUGCCGCCUGCCCUGGGGCUAUAUGAAUGCCAAAGCGCAUCUUUUACACGUGCGCCCAGAGGUCGAUGAUGCCAUUGAAAAUCGGGGCCCUACCUUUUGCCAAAUGUGAAAUUGUAAGGCUCUUAUUCUCUUCUUCUUCUACCUAAACUAGACAUUGUGUAUUUGUAUAUAUCUACACAUUUGAAAUGAAGCUAUAAUUUUCAUUGUUUUUGUAAAUAUUCACAUUCAACAAUCACAAACCACCAUAGUUGCUCCACCGGUAAAAAUGGAUGAAGCCAGUUUUAUGCUUUAAAUAGUCCCAUCAGGGCUAUCCUUUAGUUAGUUAAUCGAUACCUAAUAUGUUUAGUUUAAAUUAAAACAUAAAAUCGAAAAUUUUGUAAAAAAAAACUGCUGCUAGAAGCCUAAAAUAACAAAAAAAUAACACUACCAGAAGCUGUUUGCAAUGGAUAAAAAAAAUCUAAAGUGUUUACGAUUUCUCUUGCUCAAAUGAUAGCUUACACUAACUAGUUUAAUACCCUAAUACGCUUUUGAGUUUUUGUAUAUAUUUAAUACUACAUACAUACAUAUUCCUUACAAAAUCGAGUAGGAAGCAUUACAAUUGUAAAAUGUUUCUCUCGCCGCUUAACAUUUUUAAUAAACGUUCAUAUUUAGUUAAUGAACAAAAGAA